UUAAAAAGAGCGGCAGGCAUGCGCACUGCGCGGAUGCCAUAUUGGAAUGAGUCUGCCGCGGGUGCGGGCGGAGGGACGGCACGGCUCCGCGCUGCGCGCAUCGCACCGCGCAUCGCGCCGCGCACCGCGGGGGGCUCGCUGCUCAGGCGCGGAAAAAAUAAGAGAAAACAAGAAAAAACACCCUCCCCCUAAAAAAAUACCCCCCAAACUUACCCAGGCACUCCCUGCUGCAGGAUGAAUUAGGAAGGCAAAGCCUCUUCCUCUGAACCAUGGAGACAAGGGCAUCUUUCAUUGCCACCAUGCGAGAGACCCAGCAUCUCUCCCCAGAGAAGGGUCAGAGCCCGGCCAACGGCAACAGGGAGCAGUUUGAUUCAGAUGAGGGUUCCAGCAUUGAGGACACAGACUUCAACUGGGACGAGUUCCUAGAGGAAACAGGAGCCAGUGCUGCUCCCCACACCUCCUUCAAACAUGUUGAAAUCAGCCUUCAAGCAGUUCCAACCAGGGAUAAAUUAGAAGUGGCCAACAGAGCAAUCCAGACACAUAUUGGGUGGCUAACAAUCAUUACAACAUGUGGACAGCUCUAUUGCUUCGUUACUGUGGCUAUGAGGAUGACCGCAGGGCGGAUUUGUGCGAUGUGAUGACAGCAGAUCUUCAACUUGGCUGGUGUACACAGAAUAACAGUCUGAUGCCUCCAGAUGCAAUCAAAGAGAAAUACAUGGACUGGACGGAGUUUCUCAUACAUGAUUUGACCGGCGCCCGGACUGCACCUGCAAACUUACUGGAAGGCCCUCUGCGAGGAAAAAACCCUGUAGACCUCAUUACAGUUGAUUCCUUAAUAGAGCUGCAGGAUUCCCAGAAUCCCUUUCAGUACUGGAUAGUUAGUGUGGUUGAAAAUGUUGGAGGAAGAUUACGCCUUCGCUAUGUGGGAUUGGAGGAGACUGAAUCCUAUGACCAGUGGUUGUUUUACUUGGAUUGCAGACUUCGACCAGUCGGUUGGUGUCAAGAGAAUAAAUACAGAAUGGACCCACCUGCAGAUAUCUAUUCUCUGAAGACAAUAUCUGAGUGGAAAUGCGCUCUGGAAAAAUCCCUUAAUGAUGCAGCAAAUUUCCCUCUUCCAAUGGAAGUGUUCAAGGACCAUGCUGAUUUGCGGAACCACUUCUUCACUGUGGGGAUGAAGCUGGAGGCAGUGAAUAUAAGGGAGCCAUUUCAUAUCUGUCCUGCAUCAGUGACCAAGGUUUUUAACAAUCAUUAUUUGCAAGUGACCAUUGAUGACUUGAGACCUGAACCCAGCAAAAUCUCAAUGCUUUGCCAUGCAGAUUCCUUAGGGAUCUUGCCAAUACAGUGGUGCCUUAAAAACGGAGUCAAUCUCACACCUCCCAAGGGUUACUCUGGUCAGGACUUUGACUGGGCAGACUACCAGAAGCAGUGUGGAGCGGAGGCUGCGCCUCACGUGUGCUUUAGAAAUACAUCCUUCAGCCGUGGCUUUACUAAGAACAUGAAGCUGGAGGCGGUGAACCCCAAGAACCCUGCAGAGAUAUGUGUCGCUUCUAUCACCUCAGUUAAAGGACGGUUAAUGUGGCUUCACCUUGAAGGUUUACAGAUGCCCUCUCCAGAGUACAUAGUUGAUGUAGAAUCUAUGGACAUUUUCCCCGUUGGCUGGUGUGAAGCGAAUGCUUAUAACCUAACUCCACCACACAAAGCUGUUUUGAGAAGGAAGAGAAGAAUUGCAGUUGUGCAACCAGAAAAGCAGUUACCGUCCACAGUGCCUGUUGAGAAAAUACCUCAUGAUCUCUGCCCGGUUCCUCAGCCAGACACCACAGGCACCAUCAAUGGGAGAUACUGCUGCCCCCAGCUCUACAUCAACCACCGCUGCUUCUCAGGUCCAUAUUUAAACAAAGGCAGAAUAGCAGAGCUACCUCAGUCUGUCGGGCCUGGCAAGUGCGUGCUGGUCCUCAAAGAGGUUCUCAGCAUGGUGAUCAAUGCAGCUUACAAGCCAGGGAGCGUUUUACGAGAACUCCAGCUAGUGGAAGACCCUCAGUGGAAUUUCCAAGAGGAAACACUUAAAGCAAAGUACAGAGGGAAGACAUACAGGGCAACUGUUAAGAUCGUGAGGACGUCGGAUCAGGUGGCAGAUUUCUGCAGAAGAGUCUGUGCAAAGUUGGAGUGCUGCCCCAACUUGUUCAGUCCUGUGCUGGUGGCUGAAGUCUGCCCAGAGAACUGCUCCAUUCAUACUAAAACCAAGUACACAUAUUACUAUGGGAAGAGGAAAAGAAUCAUUAAGCCACCAAUUGGGGAAAAUAACAACAUGAAAAGUGGACAUGUCAAGCCAACCAGACGCAGGAAAAGGCGGAAAUCCAUCUUUGUGCAGAAGAAAAGGAGGUCGUCAGCUGUUGAUUUGAAUGCUACGGGCUCUGCAGAAGAGAGUGAAGAUGACGAGCCGGACGUGAUGGAGGAUGAGACAGGAAGCGAGGAAACCAGCUCGGAGCUCCGGGAUGACCAGACGGAUACCUCUUCCGCUGAGGUUCCCUCCACCAGGCCCCGGCGAGCGGUCACCUUGAGGAGCAGCACCGAGUCGGACAGACCUCCUCCUAUGGAGAGAGCCCGACGGAGCCGGAGACCACAGCCCCACUCCUAUAGUGAGGCAGAGAAGUGCGCACAAGUCAAGGAAGAGAUUAAGCAAGAAGAGGAAGAGAAGCUCGUCCUGGACAGUAACCCAUUGGAGUGGACUGUGACUGAUGUCGUGAGGUUUAUUAAACUGACCGACUGUGCACCCCUUGCCAAAAUAUUUCAGGAGCAGGACAUCGAUGGCCAAGCCCUUCUGUUGCUGACACUGCCCACAGUGCAGGAAUGCAUGGAGCUGAAGCUUGGUCCAGCCAUCAAACUGUGUCACCAGAUCGAGCGAGUAAAAGUUGCUUUCUAUGCACAAUACGCCAACUGACUGCAUUUCUCCAUUUCUUUCCGUUCUCCUUCUUCUUCCCUCUCUUUUUUAACAUUUCAACUUGUUCAAGGUUGUGUUUUUCCCCUUUUUCUUUUCCAAGAACAUGUGGAAUUGGAAGCACUGGGAAUUAAUCUGUAGGGAAGAAAAAACCAAUAAUCACCAAUGGAAAAAUAGCAACAAAUUGAACUACUUUUUCUGUACUUGUAAAGCACACCAAAAGACUGCUGGCAUCUCUCCUCAUGAGCCUCGCCAACCCAUUACACAGUGGUGCAAGGCCAGCACAGAUCAGAUGGUUUGUCAUUCAUUAAAACAAAGCUACCAGUGACAGACACAUUCCCAAGGAGAAGGGUCGGACAUUUCCAGAUGAUGAUAGUUUGUCUAGGCCAAUUUCUGGACACGAACAUUUCUUUUAGCCAACUCUGACACACUUCUUUCAUAUUGAAAUGUAAGUGAUCGUUUGUAGCAUUACCUGGGGCUUACUGCAAAUUUGAUCUUAGUGAUCAAUGGGCUUUUUUUCUCCUGCCUCUCCAGUCUUACAAAAGGAAAAAGAGUUAUACCAGUCAUAUGCUGUUUGUUAUUCCUGAGUGAUUUAUCAAAGAGAACUCAACCCAUGGUCUUUGUAUGGUACCAGACAAAGAUGCAGUGAACUGACAGGAGUGCAACAAAACCUAGUGUGCGUAACGCAUCCUGAGCCACGCUGGCUGUGCACAAUAAGCUGGAUGUCUCUGUGAUGGGAUCUGUACAGUACUGCAUUCUUGUACAGGAAUAUGCAUGAAAGCUUUCAUAGUCAAGCCCAUCCUCUUACAUCCAAAUCGCUUGAAAGACCUGACUUUGAGCUCCAUAGGGUGUGAAAGAAAAGGCUAUUCAGAUUUUAUGAUGAGACUGAGUGAAUGCUGGUUUCAUUUGCACCUUCAUGAAUCUGGUUGCUAGGUGGGAAUAAAAAGCAUCAAUCUUUUUGGGCUGUAUACACCACGGUGCUUUAGACAAGCUGAGGAUCCAGCCCAACACAGUCUAUAUAAAGCCCCCAGAUUGUCCCAGGUGCGACUCUGGAUAGCAAAACGGGACUUGCUUCAUGCCAAGCAGGGUAAGCACCAGAGGGGGUGAAUAAAUGGAACGGGCACCUUGAGUUUGCCUCAGUUGUGUUUAUAGGAGAAGUAUUUUCUAUUUUCUAUUUUCUUUGCAGGGAUGUAUGACCCUGUUAGUCCCACGUGUUGAGCCUGAAUUUGCUGUAACUCAGCAGAGGUUAGUGGCAUCACAGUGAUGUAAAAUUCUCCCAAAAGCAAGAACCAAACUGGGACCAAGUCUUAAUUUUGCUCUAACUUUAAGGUGCAAGUGAAUCCCUCCCUCAGAUGUUAAUUGGAUGGUUUGUGCUGAGUUUUAGCCUGAUUUCAUAAGAAACCACUGACUUUGGCAGACUUUUGUUGUUCUCAAACUGUAAACAGACCCUUGUUCCCUGGCCUCAGGAAACUCAGCUUGGAAAUUGUACACAGCUCUGUUCCAAUGCUGUGAUGCCAAAGCCCGCUCAGUGAAGACCUCUUCAAAAAGAAAUCUCAUUUCGAGCUCUAAAUCUGAAGACACUGCUUAUGGCCAGAUAACUCCCACCUCAAGCACAUGCAAUAUGGUGACAAUAGACUUGGAUCAGAUAAUCCUGCUGACCACCAUGUGCUCAGAAGAACCUAUUGACUAACACCAGGCUAUAACUGCUGCUUUCUCCUUUGUUGGUUUCCUUCUUAAAUGGUUUGAAUUAAAGAGGAAAAGCCUCAGAAAUAUGCUGGAUUUCAUCUGAAUCCACCCUAGAGCAUGUGUUAGGCAAGAAGUAUUGACUCCAUUUGCCAUGCAUCACUGGGGAAUUUCUAGCCUUUCAGUGAGUUUCCUGAUUUUCCUAUGGAAUGUGAUGGGUGCAAUGGCUGCAGGUUGGGCCAGAUCCUGACAACUCCUGAGACUUCAUCAAAAGCUUUCUAACGUGGGAGAUCAGCAGGACUGGAUCUGUUCUCAGCCAUUGUCUUGUACUGAAGAUCCUGUUGUUCAUGUUUGAAUCAGCUGAGCAGAAAAGUAGUCACCUCUUCAUCAGAUGGUUUUCUUCUGUUUCUCAGAAAUCCAGGAAGUUUUCUGUAGUGGUACAGACAUUCAAACACUGGGUUUUAGACUGGAUUUCCUAAUGAGGGUAGCAGUGGAAUGUGUCCAUGCAACUGGUUUUGACAAGUCCUUUGGAUUUCUCUUAAGAUCCUCUAAAAACAUUGCUCCUUGAUUUGUCUCUGAAGACAAAAGAAUUGUGCCCAGCAAAAUAAGAGCACAGCUCCUCCUUGCUUCAGCCCAGUCCUUCCAAUGGGUGCUACAACAUCUGUCAGCAGGAGAUAGCUCCUAAAGACUGGUGUCAGGAGAACUGGCAUAUGAGGACAUUUCAAGGAAGCGAAGCAGAAUGGCUGUUCACUAACCAGCAUCCCAGCACUGAUCCUUUGCUUACCACAUCCACCUUCUUCUGAGCAUCCUUUGCUGCUUUGAUGUACUUGGAGUUUUUUUCCACUGGGAUUUGUCAGAGACAUUUAACACUUCCUGGGACAAAACCAUCAUUGUUUUCUUCAUCAACCUUGUAACUGUAGAUACUCUUAUGGCAGCUAACUACUCGUGGAGGUAUGGUUGGGGAGCAGACAGCCGCAGACUCUGAGAGCAGCCAGCUCUGAUAUUGGCCAAGCAGAGGAUGGGUGAAGCGUAGAGCCCAGCACAUAGGAGUCUUUACUGAUUGUUCAGGGAAGUUAAAUCAUAUUUAAAACUCACCUAUUAAACAAAGAAAAAGAGUUUUAAUUUUAUCUUGCGCCUGCUCUUUUAUUUCCUCAGGUUUCUCUCUCCUUACCACUUGUCUUGCGAUUUAUCUUUCUUCAGUUUGGUCUCAUUUAUCACUCUCUGUUCUUUCAGAGAAGAUGAUAAACUGAAAUCUUUAUCCUAAAAUUGCCUUGGGUGGUAAAUGCUUUGUUAUUUCUUUUAGUCUGCAGGUUGGGAAGAAAUAGGGGAUUGGGCUACUGUUGUCUGUCGCAGUGAAUGCCUUCCAGAAAAGCUGGAGCUGAACUUCUUAGACAAUUUCUUAAGCAAGUGGAAAAUGGAUGAUAUGCUUGAAUUGCCACUUACAGCCUGAGUAGAGAUCAGAAGGAACUAUUUACUCUUGCCUGGACUUCAUUUCAAUUUUGGAACAUUAGAAAGGCUUUUGAGUAAUGUGCUUCAAAGGAGAUGUUGGAAAUCUGAUCUUGCUAGGGUAAAAUAUCGCUUUACUUUGCAAUGUAGAAGUAUAAGCCACUGGAAGGGUUUUUUUGGUCUUAGUUAAAUUCAGAGCUGGUGCAACUUCACAUACACCGAUGACAUUGGUGAAGCCACUUCUUCUCCCCACCGUGUUCUGAAAUUGGCAUCCAGGCCUGAAGUUUGUUGUGUUAUCAGCUACAAAAGGUGACCUCUGUGAAGUGCUGAACUCAUGAUUAUCCAAGACCAUUACCGAGGGCUGAGGAGCAACCUUGAUGUUGCUGUUGGGCUAUUGGAUGCUGCACAUUAACAAGGACCAUGUUGCUCCCACAAGAAGGGUAUGCAGGCAGCUGUUACUGGCCUCUCUUGAGGCACAGGGCCAAGGAGGGGCAUUUCUGGAGCAGAAACAGGGUGUUGAAGAGUGUAUGGUACUUGCCCAUCUUCAUCUGCUCCUUUUGAGCUUGCUCUCAGUCAGAUUGAGCAGAUCCAUGGGCAAGUCUCUGCUCUAUUCCAAAACCUCUCAGCACUUGCCUUGACAGAAUCAGCCAAUUCCCAGUCUGCAAGCCCAAAGCGCCAGUCUCUGAAAUUGGAUUAAAGCGUUAACUUAGAGGAAUGUCCAUGAUUCCCUGUCUGGUUGUCCUGCCUUCCUCCUGCUGUCAUGGAUGCUCCUCUCCCACCUUGAAGAAAAACAUUGUCUUUGGUUUCAGAGCUCCUCUUCCCUUUCCAGCUUGAAAACACAGAUAACCAAACCCUGGCUUUUUCUGCGUCUCAGAAGUGUGAUGGCCUCUCAGCUCUGAGAAGGAUUUCAGGGUCUCCAGCUCCACCGUGUUAACCAUGUGCAAUAGCCCUUGAUAGUUUGGUUCUGCAGGGUGCGGAACACUCCCUAGAAAUGCAGUGUGCCCUCAGUGACCACUGGAAUCAGCAGAUGGUUACACACCCUGUCCUUACUGAAGUACCUAGCAGAUGCAUGUACUAGCUGAGAUGGCCUGACCCACACUGCCAGAGGUAUUUGAAUGUCUGGUAGGAUUUACAAAGUUCCUCACUAAGUUAGACACCUAAAACCCAUUAAUAUUUCAUUCUGGCUAAAUAUCUAAUUUGCCUUAAACUGGGAAGUCACCAGCCCUUGGCUUUAACCUUCAACCUUCUGCAGUCCCCAGUCCUGCAGUGUGGAGCAAACACCAUCUCAGCUCUUUGAAGGCAAACCAGACACUGUUGGGCUGCCAUAAUCAACAUUUGGUCACCCGAAAAGCCUCCUUUGCUCUUUUCAGGGCACAAGAUUGGAUUUGGCAGAGCUGCAGAGCCAUUGCAAUGUUUUAGAAGCUCAGUACCAUCAGGGAACUUCAGAUACUUUUUACUUUUCUUGUGCAGUGUGUCUGGAAAACGAUGAACUUGGACUCUUCUUCCCAUUUCCAAAUUCAAGUGCCAAAAGAGAAGAACAUGCUGCAACUGAAUUCCAUUAAAACCAGCUUUAUUAUAUGUGGAUAAAUGUAGUCUCAAGGACUCCAUUUUGGUGCUAAGAUAUGUCGUGCUGUGUUUUCCAUUGCUUGGGAUUACAAAGCUGAUUCUCUACACCAGGAAAUACUUUCUGUGAUCUGCAACAUCUGAAGCAUUAAGAUUUAUUUCUUUUCCUGUGCCUGUAGAUUUUUUUAACUCAGAUACACUCAACGAAUACACCAAGCCCCAAUCGUGACUUUUGGAGACAUUUUAUACCGUAUAUUUAUUUAAAAACUCUUUCAAAAUGGGGGUGCAUGUAUAUUUUCCGCUCAGUAAUAUGCUUCAUCACAUCAGCUGACCCAGAACUAAAGGACUCUGUUACUCAGGAUUUGAUCCAGAAGUAACUGAGCUUAGUGGAAGGGCCCUAGCAGAUUCCUUCUCCUAGCAGGCAGAAAUGCAGCUGAAAUCUGCCAGACUUAAGAAGAGAGGGCUUGUGUCCUUAGGUGCUCAUGAAAUCCCAAUAAAAGAGCAGAAGCAUUUAAUAUUCUCAUUUAUUCUUUGAUACAAUACUCCAGCAAGAAGUGCAAAUGAUCUUAAUGGCUCCAUUUAGAAUAUGAGCCAGUCAUCAAAGAUGAGAGUUUUACAGCCCAGUAGUCAUUUAAAUGUCAGCCGUGCUGCAGAAGAAGAGUGGUUUUGCAGUGGUUUGGUGCCAUGUACUGGAAUUCUCUUGUAGAAGAAGACAUGUGAACUGCACAAAACCAACAUGGGUCAUAGUUUUAAAUUCUCAUGGCCUUUCUCUUGUUUUAGUCUUUCAUGUUAAUUCUUACCUUGAAAUAUGUCUCAUGUUUCUAAUGUAAAACUCCAGCCUCUCUAAUGGCCCUUGACAGAGCACACCAGCAAAAUACAUUAUUAUCCAUCAUCACACUGUAGAUGAGAUGGUUGUUGACAAGCAGUUAGGUCAGGUGAGACAUAGAUAUCUUGCUUGACACCCUGUUGAAGGAGCUGUCUGUGCACCCUGAAAGGCAGAUGUUCCCCACAGCUCACUGUGGAGGGACAGAUGAUUCCAGUGAUGCUAUUGCUGAAUAGGUCACAUAGCCCAGGUAGCCUAAUGCAGCAGGUCAGUUGCUGUGUGACUACCUUACCCACAGAUAUUCCUGGUCUUGAUGCCUGCCAAGGAUGUGGGAGAAGGGAGGGAGGGUUUCAGGGAAGGAAAGAGGUUGCAGUUAUGGGCUUGAGAUAUCCUUGUGGGGAGGGACCUCUCAUAACAGAAUGCACAGCUCUGGUCCCUGUGGUCCUGAAGGCUUCUCUUGACUCUUUUUCAGAGCAAAGAUGCUCUCAUCUGAUGCCAGAUGAGAGGAAAGAGAGAAGCUGGCAAUACACUUGAGGGAUACAAUGCUGAAAGGUUUAUAUUUUGUUUUCCCUGUGGAGAUACAGAGAUUUGGCUCAGGUGCGUCUAGGCUCCUUGGCUGGAUAGUAGGGAAAAUCAGUCUUUCUUCCUUGCACCCAACUCCUGUGCAUCUUCUGGGUUUGGGGGGGAUGACGAACCUCCUCUUGCACCUUUCAGACCUCCAUAGAAAAUGUCAGGGCAUAAAACUUGAGCUCUUUCCCAUAGAAAAAGUGACAUGAGUUCAGGUUGUAGGUCUACAAAACGCUCUGUGCUAUGAUGUGACAGGAAGAAAACGACCAUUCCCAAGUCACUCCACCUGCUUGUUAUUGCUUCAGUCUCACUUGGAGAUUAUGGACCUUAUAUCUGCUUAUAAAUGAAUAAAUCAAAUUUCCCAAACUCAGUUCCACCAAACCUGCACAGGAUAUGCCGACAUGUGCAUUUAUUCCAGCAGUCUUCACCUUCAGCGACCUGCUUGUUAGAAAACAUUGAUCUGGGGAAUGGUAUCAUGACACUUCCAUGUACACAGGCAGGGAUGUCAAGUACAGCCAGGCAUUUGGUGCAGUAUGGUCCAACAGAGGUGGAAGUUUCAAGUGUAAGCUUUGAAGAGAGUUGAGUCUUCUCUUGUACCAUGGUAGGACAAGGCAAUCACUUAAACCCUUCGAUCUCUUAUGGAACAACAGCAGUUAGCUCCACAACCAGCAGUUAUGGUCCAUUCGUGAUGACGCACAUUGGAAACCUUUGAAUUGUUUUGCAUUCCAGUUUGUACUGAAGAUUUGCUUCAAACUCUGUGUAUAUAAUCCCUUUGGUGUGUUACGAAUAUAAUGUGUAUAUAUAUAUGUAUAUAUGUGUGUGUGUAUAUGUAUGUGUAUAUAUAUACAUAUAAAUCAAUCAAUGCUGGUGUUUUUACUUUUUAAAGUUCACAGGGCAAAGGGCAUGUUGUUAGUUUGCUGUAAGAUUCUAUUCUGUAUAUAUGUUUUCAUGUAAAUAAGUGAAAAUCUAUAUUCAGAGUUAUAUUUUAAUUUUUAUUCAAAAUGAAAUAAAUCCCCUUUUUACUUGAAACAAUUGUAAGCCACAUUGUUAAUAAAGUAACAAUAAAUCA